CAAACAAACCCUCGUUUUAUCCCCUCUCUCUCUCACACACACACAAACACAUACAUACACAAAAACACUUAUAUUUCUUGUCUGUCAUGAUCAUCGACCAUGUUUAAAUUUGGUCACUCCAGGUUUGAUCAUACCUAGAAAUUGGCUGCUUUCAAACUUCAAACUGCAUUUGUAACCCAAGAUCUUCACCAAUGAGUUCUCGCAUCCCAUCUCAUCAGUUGAACAAUGGUUUAUAUGUGUCUGGUCGUCCAGAGCCGCCAAAAGAAAAGGCUCCUACAAUGUCCUCUACUGCUGUACCUUACACUGGUGGUGACAUUAAAAAGUCUGGUGAACUAGGAAAGAUGUUUGAAGGACCAAGAAAAUCUGGACAGCUAACCAGUGGUCCUUUAAGAUCAGGAUCAGUCGGUGGUGGCAGUACCGGUCACUCGGGCCAAUUAUCAUCAAACUCCAUGAACCGAGUAACUUCAUUGUCGGGAAGUGUUCCAGGAUCCGCAUCAAUGAAAAAGACCAGUUCUGGUCCUUUAAACAAACAUGGAGAACCAAUAAGAAAGUCAUCUGGGUCUCAAGGUGGAGGAUUGACAUCUGGUUCCCGACAUAAUUCUGGACCUCUUCCUCCAGUUCUCCCAGCGACGGGUCUAAUAACAUCCGGUCCUGUUUUGUCUGGACCACUUAACUCAUCAGGUGCACCCAGGAAGUCAUCUGGUCCUUUGGAUUCUUCCAGGUCAAUCAAAUCACGUGCCACUUCAAUGGUGAAAAAUCAAGCUGUUACUCAUUUGAGCCAAGAUGGUUCAUAUUCGUUCUUCAGGAGCUUCCCGAAGAUAGUUUUUUGGUCCAUAGUUCUGCUGUUUGUGAUGGGGCUUAUAGCUGCAAUAUUUAUAUUUGCAUCCGUUGGGAAUCCCGUUCUUCUCAUUGUUGUUGUCACACUUUUUGCUAUUGUGAGUCUGGCUUUCUCUUGGAACAUGUCUCAGGGUAAAAAAGCUGUCAUUAAGUUCAUCUCCGAGUACCCUGAUGCCGAGCUUAGAACUGCAAAAGAUGGCCAGUUCGUCAAGAUAUCUGGGGUUGUUACUUGUGGUAAUGUACCUUUAGAGUCAUCAUUCCAAAGGGUUCCCAGAUGUGUUUAUACAUCCACUAGUUUAUAUGAAUACAGAGGCUGGGAGUCAAAGGCUGCCAACCCCACACAUCGUCGUUUCACCUGGGGUCUCCGGUCCAUGGAGAGGCAUGUUACGGAUUUCUAUGUAUCUGAUUUCCAAUCUGGGUUGAGGGCUUUAGUAAAGACUGGUUACGGUGCCCGUGUGACUCCAUAUGUUGAGGAAUCUGCUAUUAUCGAUAUCGACCAGGCUAACAAAGAUAUGUCUCCACAGUUCACAAGAUGGUUGGCUGAGAGAAAUUUAUCUAGCGAUGAUCGUGUAAUGCGACUCAAAGAAGGGUACAUCAAAGAGGGUAGUAGCGUUAGCGUGAUGGGAGUUGUCCAAAGAAACGAUAAUGUGUUGAUGAUCGUUCCUCCACCAGAGCCAGUUCCAACAGGAUGCCAGUGGACUAGAUGUAUGCUUCCUGCAAGCCUAGAUGGCAUUAUUUUAAGAUGUGAAGACUCAUCAAAUCAAGAUGUUAUUCCAGUCUAGGUGUUUUGCAACACGGUAAAGUAAUCUUUUUAAGUAAAAGAUGUUAGGUGUAUAGUUUGGUUUUUUUACAUCCCAUUAUCUUGUUUGAGAGUGGUGUCUUAAUGGUGUUGUGUGAUUAUGUAGCUUUUGGGUGGGACUUUAUACAUUCAAAGGAGUUAACAAAUUUUAUUGGUUUUUUGUUUUUUUUUCCCCCUUUUUCCUGAGUAAUGUAAUGUUUAACAAAUCCUGGGAAUUUUGUGGUAUCAUUUGGUUCAUUUUAUGGCACUUUUUAGGUUGCAUAAGGCUGAGCCGAAAUGAGCCAGAUGAGUAAUAUCUUUGGUACUUUGUUUUAAUAGGUUCCAUUCUGGAAUUCUAUAAGUGUGUAUUAAUUCUUUUAUGAUCAUGGUUGUUGGUUUAAAUGUGUGUUAAA